CAUUGCGAGUUCGAGGAAACAGUCUGUUGAUAUCUUGGUUCGCAGCUGUAAGUUCUGUGUGACGAUUUUGGCAUUCAUUCUGGUCAGUUGCGAUUCAUAGUUCUCAUCUUCAGAGUUCUCAUCUUCAGUUGUGACCAAAUUGCCACGAGGCUCGGCAAGAGAGAAGUUAAAAGAGCAGGUUUGUGAAGCCCAAUCGUAGCCUUGUACAUGUACAUGUACAUUCAUGUAUAGUGCAUAGCAAGCGGCUGUAGCAGACCAUCCACUUCAACAUAUCAAAGAUGGCGUCAAAUGGACAACAUCAGGCAUGUGAACCUGCUUGCCCAAUAUGUCUAGAUACACAAACAGUUCUGAAGGUCAUCUCGACAUGCAAGCACGCUUUCUGUAGGGGAUGUCUUCGAAACUGCCUCGAAAAACAGGACCUUGCUUCAGGAUGUAUUGGCUUUAAGUGCCCAACAUGCCUCAUUGAGUGUCCUUUACCGUCCGGUGGCGUUGAUGGGCUGAUGGACAGUACGGAAGUUGGUCAUGCUGAUACCGAUGAACUUGGUAUUCUGGUGCCGGGUUCAUCAGGUGUGCAAGAAAAUGAUGAGUGUUGUGAAGAAGAAAAUGUUUCGUGUGACCGUUGUCUAUAUAAAUCUGGCGCAGUUGUUGAGGCUGGCAAUUUUUGUGAAGAAUGUGGUAACCUGUAUUUCUGUGCUGACUGUAUCCACACUCAUCGUCGGGCCAAAGCCACGAAAGACCACGUGGUGGUCACCCUCGAGAAGGGUGCAAGAGGACGCAAAUGCAUACCACACAAGAAGUGGAUUAAACAUUACUGCAUUACCUGUUCCACAGCUGUGUGCCAACUUUGCAUUGUCCUAGACCAUGGUGACCACGAACUCAAGGAAUUCGAGGAGGCUUUUCAAACCUUUUUAGAAGAUGUCAUCAGUGCUAAGAAGGAGAUUGAGAGCAGGGCAAAUUACUUAAAGGACUGCGCAAAUGAAUUGAAAGGUAUGCAGCAAACAGCAGCAACGAUGAAGACCACUCUUGUCAACAAAAUAGAGAGUCGUGCUGAAAGGUGUGUUGAGGAAAUUAUGAUACAAAAAGAAGCGUUGAAGGAAACGGUAAAGAAUGAUUUCAAGGAGGUUGCAUGUGCCGAAGAGAAUUUGGAUAAAAUCCCGGGUUUGGUCGAGACCAUGGAGAAGUACGUGGCAAAGGCUGACCGCUUGUUACAGCAGGCCAAGGACGAAAGAUACCCACAGUAUAUGCAGGCCUUGUCGAAAAUGUCGUGGGAGCUGAAGGAUGCGUCUAGAUCUUCUGCUGGAAUCGACAGAGAGGCCUACCUGACCUCGUAUACGUCGUAUUGGCAGUCUUGUCUUGAAUUUGUUCCAGGAAAAGUAGAUUUCAGUAUUGGGACAUUGAGUCAAAGAAAAGCUCUGAAGCCCUUGGAUAUCAAGCAUUGUCAACUCGUCUUUGAACAGAAACUGGUAGUGGAUGAUGAAGCGAAGUAUAUACCGUGUGUUGCCAAUCUUGGAAAUGAUUUCUUUGCCGUUGCACAUCCAACUCUUUCGGGUAAACAGUCUGAGGCGAUCAACAUCUACAAGGUUCCCGGAGUGCUGCAUCGAACGCUCAAAUACAAUGUGCGUCCACUGUAUGACAUGGCCGCCACCCCUGAGGGUAAGUUGGCGACGCUUGCGGAUGGAGAAAACUCGCAAUGCAUUCAGGUAUUUGAUCCGGAGACCGGGUACCUGAUCAGGACAACCAAAGAUUUACCAAAUCAGGGCCAUUUUGCGAUUGCUAUCAACAUGAGCCAACAGUUCGUCACUUUGCGCGAAGACCUAGGGAGGAAGAUCAUAACGGCUUAUAAGGAAGACGGUUCAGUUGUACUCUCACACAUAAUUGAUGUAUCCACUGUCGUUAAAGAUGCCAGUAGAAUUGCCUGCAGUGCAGGAUAUAUCUACGUUAUGGGAGCUAACGCAAUAAGUGCCUAUGAACAGAGGGGACAGCAGUUGGUCCGUGUCACAACAAGUGAAGGUGUGCACAGCAGAAAGAUAGAACUCACAGACAUUUCGACGAUCGCCUUUGGUGAAAUUUACUUUGGUUUCAAUUUCCAAGCUGAAAACAGGCGAUUAUUCUUCGGUCAGCUGACCAUUAGAGAUGCGAAAAUCUCUGGCUUCAGAUCUAUACGUGUUAGUGAGAUGAAUGCACAAGGGGCAGAAAGGGUAUCGAGGAUUAGUGUGAGGGAGAAUUACAAUAUAAACUCACAGGGACAGACAAUUCGAGUAUAUAAAUUGAAUGAAUAAUGGAGUGCACCUGAUAGGGAAUACUUUUCUAAUUUACUUAGAUAAGGAUCAUUUUGCAUUCAGUUUAAACCCUGUACCCCCGUACUGAGGAGUCAACGGUUGACCAUGCAUGGUAUGAGGAAGCUAUUCACCUCCGAGUGAAGUAUAGCAUCCUCGCGAAAUAAUCACGCCACCAAAUUAUUGAUCUCGGAGGACACUUGUUAGUGAUGAGAUGACUGGGUUCCUUGCCUUGUCAGUCGUUGCCUCCACGAAAGAAUUAAUAGCCGUCGUGAUCAACAGGUGGAAAUAUUAAUUGUUUGAUCUUUCCGAGUCACCAGUGAAUCCUUUUGUGGAUAACUCCUUUUUUAGUGCGUAUUGGAGUGGACCUCUUGGAAAUCAUGAGAAGAACGCUUCUGUUGCCAGACUUGCUCGGGAAUGAUGUGGCGACUGAAUGUCACAUUUGGCUCUGAGCUGGACGAGGUGGAAACAACGCAGAUAAAAAUAUCUUGGUUCUGUUGUGACCAAGACAAGCAUUGCAUGAUUGGGAUCAGUUUUGGUGAGAUCAUCAUGGUAUCCGAGUGUUAGGAAGUGUAAAUAACUGCGCGAUGUUCCAGUUCGGAAACCAUUUGGCAAGGUGCAAUACUGUUUUCGUGAGGUUGUUAAAAACUAUUCGAAAGGUGGUCCGCACUAUCAUCAUGCGAGAAGAAUGCGAGGUGCUGACGACACCUCGAUCAGUUAUAACUACAUUGUAUGAGGGUGAAGAAUUAUUGGAACUCUACACAAGAGACUAUUUCUUGUUUCCUGCGCUGAAUACAAAUAUAGUUGGCUGUGCAAUCCUGAUCAGGGCCAUCCCUGCGCUGAAGUACUAUGCCCACAGGUAAAACUAGGUCUCACCUACAGAUAAACAUGAAUCGAACAGUGUUAGAGACAGUUGAACCUGUCACCCUUUCGAAGUCACUCUGGACGCAUAUUUCGUUUACCGAAUGAUAAGCACCGGUAAGUUAUAGCCAUGGCGCAAACCUGACAAUAUGUCGGAAUUACUUCUUUGCAGACCAGCCAAUCGUCGCCGAUAGGUGACCUGAAGAGCAUUCGAGGUGGGACAACGUCUAUUAUGUCAUUCCCUAUUGCAUUUCAAGUAGUAACUAUCGGACGUAGAAGCUUUACGACGCCAACCGGGUAUCCUAAUAAUGAAUGACAUCGCAUUUGAAAGGUUCAGGUGACAGUCUUGGGGUUACGUGGUAGCACUGUUCAUAUACCGCCGAUAGCUAACAUGUGACAAAUCCUAGGCGGGAUCAAGUCAAUGAUAAUUCCCUAGGGACUGCCAGCGUGAUCUCUCUGGUACCUAAGUGAGUUUAUCACAAGGCACCGGAACCAAGAUAAAUGGCUGUUCGAAUCCGACUGAAAUCACAAAUCCGACGGUGAAAAUACACGCAGCAUUACAGGGAGUUGAUGACUGUUUUUUAUCGCUCGAUUCCGGAACACUCAUGUGAAAGAGCGGGCGACCCUUUUCGAGACGUUUUAGUACGAUGCGACGAAUUUUAUAACUAUUGGCAAAAUGCCUCUCGCAUAUUGCAGCAGGAAAAAAGGGAACUACGAGAAAUAAUUUCGCAAUUUCAUUGUCGAUUAUUUUGAAAAACCGCUCACAUUCAGAAAUAAAACAUCGACAACGAAAAUAGGAAGUGGACUUUGUUUGAUACGGCACUUUGCAUGUUGUUAACUACCCAAUUACGAUCCAGCUUAGAAAAGCUAGUAGCAAACUUUUUUUUAAAAUUUGGUGCGAAUUGUGGAAAUACUGACAGAUGGCAGUUUUCUUUUAAAUCACAUAAGAACUGCUUUCUACGCAAACACUGACAGCAAAAUAGCAGCCUUUUUCGCACAAAGUGGUCUCGUGCAGCUAAGUAAUGGCAGUUGAUACAACCAUGGGUGUUUUUUCUCAGGUUGGCUGUCAUUCGAUUUCUUUGGAAUAACAUUCAAGCAGCACGCUAUAUGAGCGUCGUGGACAAGAGAAUGGACGCCUGUCAAGUGAUACAUGUAUGGUGUUUAAAGUAACUCGCAAAUGAAUAGGGAGGCAAUGAACGACUCGAGUUUCAUUGAGAUGCGAGGAAGUGACAAUGUUCAGGUUUUUACAGUUCAUGCACAUCCGGGCUUCUGCACACAAAUGACGUCAUUGACAACUUUCAAUGAUAAAAUUGUGGCAAUCUAUGUGACAGUUAAGUAUGGAAAUGUGUCAUCGUCGUUUCCGUACCCUAGAUUAUUUGUAUGGUGAAGCAUGUAUCAUGUGACAUCGAUUCCAAAGCGAGGGCAAAUGUUGGGACCGCCGACAUCAUAACGCAAAAUCAGUCUGAAUGUAUUGCCAAAGAUAUGUUGUGCACAAUCAACCCAUAUCAAUAGCUGAUUUAUUUCGCCUACAGUGCCCACUAAUGUCCACGAUUCGCUAAAAUGUGGCAGUAUGACGAUAUUGAGUUAUAUGAUGGCGACCUUUCCUGAAGACGUACCGAGAUGUUGAAUCAGAAGCGCCCCGUACAUGUUCAAUGACUUGGGUUCCAAUUCCUCAACAAAUUUGCUCUGAUACUUACAAGCUACGAUCUUGCGACGACUAUCGUCCUGAAUGAAUGGUGUCAAUAUUUGCUCCUUGUAUUACACGCCGUUGGUAUUUACAUUUGCAAUAUACUGCGGAGUGCCGAGUUGUUUAAAUAUCUCUUGAUCAAGGAAUAGUGUGUUUG